AUGACCCCCAUUUUAUUUUUCCCUAAACUGAGAAGAAAAGACGUGUAAACAUCAAGGUCUGUUGUUUGUGAUUUGGUUCCUUUACCCCAGGUGUGACGGAUGCAUCCAUAUCGGUAGAGGGGUUCCAGAGUGACAGCUCUUCUUCCACGGUGGUGCUGUCAGACGGCGAGGAUUUAAGGGAACAUAGCGAGACUGCAGCUGAGCGGCCGAGUUCACAGGAAUGUGACGCUAAGCCCCAGAAGGAAGAGCAACAGGCACCGAUGAGCCCCACAUGUGCAAAGGACCGUGACGCUCUGCAAACUGGGCAACUUGUCAAAGAGCUGCAACAAACGCAAAGAGAACUGUCACGAAUCCAGCAACUAAACACAAAUCUGCAGGACAAGCUACAACAGGAGAGAGAGAUUAAUUCAGGGAAACUUCUUUGUUUACAGAAAGACACCAUCUCGUCACCGGAGCAAGCCUUAACUUUCCAGCAGCUCCAGAGGAUAAACCACAACCUCCGCAAGGAGAUUGACGAGCUGAAGAGGAGUCACGAGGAAGCCAGGGAGGCAGAGCUCCGGCGAAGAGUCGACCUCCUGGCCCAGCAGGCCCAGCUGCUGGUUACGGGGGACGCCACGGCGCUCGCUCAAAUGCAUCUGGAGCAGGAUCGCCAGCGGUUCCUGGCGCAGCAGAAGGAGUGGGAGCACCGCACGGCCUCCCUGCAGGCCCAGCUGAACGCCAGUGAAGAAAAGAGGAGGGAGACGGAGUCCCAGGUGGCCCAGCUGCAGCAGGAGCUGCAGAGCCAGCAGAGCCUCCAGCAGGAGGCCGAACAGCUGCAGAAACACCUCCGGGAGAUGUCGGCUCAGCUCCGCGCCUACGAGGACGCCCAGGCGGAGAAAGAGGCCCGGCUGCAGAAGCACCUGUUGCUCCUCCAGGCGAGUCAGGAGAGAGAAAGGAGGAGCCUGGCUGCCAGCCUGGCCCAGGCCGAGCAACACUCCCAGGACCUGCGGGACAAACUGGAAAGGGCCGAGCAGCAGCUGGAGAGCCUGACCAAGACGAAGACGUGGACCAGACAGAUCGAAGAGGCGCAGCAGCAACUGCAGGAGGAGUUGGCACGCACCGUCUCAGCCGUGCAGCGCCUGCAGGAGGAACGGGAGCAGCUGGACCAUCGCUGUCAGGAGCUGCAGAGCCAGCUGGCGGAGGCGGACAGGGAGGCGGGCAUGCUGCAGGACCGGCUGAAAACAGAAGAAACCCACUACUACAACCUGGAGCACGCAUACGAGAGGGUCUCUGAGGAGCUGCAGGUGGCACUGGGCAAGGUGCAGCAGAGGGAGACGGAGGCACAGGACAUACGGGAGGGCUAUGAGAGACUGCUGGACAGGAAGGAGCAGGAGCUGAGUGAGGUUCUGCUGAAGAUGGAGGUCUUGGGUAACAGCUUAGAGGAGACAGAAGUGAAAUUGAACCAAGUGACCAGACUUCGCGCCUGUCCUCCUCCUCAGCUGGGGGACAAAGACACACAACCUACUCUCGAGCCUUCGAGCUCUCCGUUCGCGAAGGUCUUCCAAGGGAACAGCGGCGACUCCCUGGAGCACGUGAGGAGCCGGUCUCGCUCAGUGGACGCGUCGUCCCACUGCCUCACGGCUGCAGGAGAAGAUCCCGAAAAAAUCAUGUCCGUGAUCCAGCUGCUGGAAACUAAGCUCUUCGUCACCGAGGAGAAACUGAGAGACAUCACUCAGCGACUGGAGGAGCAGCAGGGUCACGUCAGCUGCCAGGACCCCCACCUGUGCUCCCAGCUGACCCAGAGCCGGGCCGUGGCCCAGCACCUCAGCCUGCUGCUCCACAGCCAGGCCAAGCAGAGCCAGCGCUUUGCCCAGGAGACGGAGGCCCGCUGCAGGAUGCUCGUCGGCAGGUUUCAGGUGGCCCUGAACGUCGUCCAAGCCUGCAGGGAGAGGCUCCAGUCAGCCGCCGUCGACGUCCCCGACAUCGAGGCCCAGCUGGCCGGGGUCGCCGGCUGCCUUCAGCAGGGGGAGAGAGACGCGGAGAGACUCCAGCAGGAGUCGCGCAACGCGAGCAAAGACGGGGGCAGGAUCCUCAGCGACGAGAAACUAGCUGGAGCUGAGAGAGACAUCGCUUCCAAAUUCACCAGCACCCAUCCGUCGCACGGCGUGCCGGACGUCGGGAAGUACUUGAUCAAGGAGCUGUUCGUCGUAGAGAAGAUGCUGUCUGUCCUGCAGAACCAAAAUGGCAUUUGCGAGCUGUCCGCAGAGGUCAGAAGAGAGGACAAAGGUGAUUUGGUCCAUAGUUACCAAAGCGUGAUCGCCCAAAUCCUGAGCCUAAGAGCCGAAGGAAGGAUGGAGCCUGGGAGGGGCGGUUGCGACGGCGGUCAGCUUCUGGAGAACGUGAUUGGACGGUUCUGUGCCGAAGCCGAGCUCGUUUACGCUGCUCUAAAACUUCAGCAGCAGAGCGAGACCGGAGGAAGCAGUCCGGGUCAAAGGGAAGGCCUGGCAGAGAUCAGCCCCUCCGAGUUGUCUCCUUACGACGAGCAAGAUAAGGAUUCAGGCGAAGCGGCAAAACAAAGCACAAAGAAGAGACUCGAGGAGGGGCGCAAGAGAGAGAAGAGAGGUUUGUCGGAGCAAAUCAUGUCUCGGCUGCAGAAGAGGGCCAGAUUCCUGUGCCAGGUGUGCCAGGAGCUCCCUGCUCUCCACACACAGGUCCAGGAAUGCAUGAACCACAGCGGGGACCACGUUUCUGCAUCUGAUCUGAUUUUUUUCCAGGAGCAGGUGAAGUUGAUUUAUUUGUCUGACAGGCUUUAUUUAGACAUAGAACAGUUUCAGCAAAGCACUCCCCUAGAACGCUGCAAGGAGCAGGAGCUCUGCCGUGCCAUGGAGGAGCGGGAGGUUUUGAACGAAGCCCUGAACCAGCUUCAAGAGGACAACAGCGCCCUGAGGGAGGAGCUGGAGCAGGCGGAGCAGAAGAUAAUGUCAGUCGAGAGCGGGAACCAAAGACUCCUGGAAGACAUGCAGAAAGUCGAGGAUUAUCACAAGGAGCGGAUCCAGCAACUCGAGGCAGAGUUUCAAGAGAAAAUAAAGGAGCUGCAGCAGAUCCACGAGGAGGAGAUGAAGCAGUUGCACGGCUACUACUCCACAUCGUGUGUUUCUAAAGAGGGACAGAACAAAUUCUGUACAGAGGCGGUUCCUCCUUUAACGGACGGGGACUCCUCUCUGCCUGACCAGGCCGCCGCAAAGGAGGCCAAAGCCGUAGAAGCUGAUGGAGCCGCCAUGAGGGAAGCUUACCUGAAGGAUCUGGAAAAGCUGCAGGCUUCAUGCGAUCUUGGCCUUUCUGCAAUGGAGGAAAUGCACAGGAAGGUGAUACAGGACCUCCAGCAGGAGCAUCAGAAGCAGGUAGCUGAACUCCUGAAGGAGAAGGACCAGCUCCUGCAGGAGGAGACAGCUGCUACCAUGUCGGCCAUCGUCGCAAUGCGGCGAGCCCAUAAAAAGGAGCUGGAGAGAAGCAGACAAACUCAGCAGAUGAGGGAGAGCGCCGACAUCACUGGACUCCACCUGGAAUAUGAGAAGGAGAUCCAAUUAUUGCAGAGGGAGCUGGAGGCGUUGUCGGAUCAGCACACGCAGAAAUGCCUGGAAAACUCUCAGCUGAGCCAGGAGCUGCGGAGCGAGAGGGAGUCGGCGAUGCAGCACCAGAAAGAAAACCAGGAGCUCAAAGAGAAGCAGAGAGAGCCAGAAGAAAUGUCUGAGCCUCCAGGAAACCAAGCACAGGUCAACAGCCUCUACCAGGUGGAAAUGACUCUGAGGACAAAGGAGGCGGAGACGCAGCAUCUCAGACAGGAGGUUCUCUCUCUCAGAGAGGACUUACAGAUCGCUCGAAUGGACAAAGUUUAUGCAGAGAAUAAACUGAAGGCACUCCAUCCUAACAACCACGAAGCCAAGUUUGCCACCUGGUCUCCAAGCAGAGAAACGCCAGCCGGACGCCAUGUUGACGAUUCUGUGACGAACAACCCUGCUGUCAGAAAGAAAGAGAAAUCAUCCUUUCUGCGUCAGAUACGAGGAUUCAGAUCAAGGAGUCUAAAAGACGGCCAUUCUAUCCAAGAAAGGAUGAAGUCGUUUGAGUCGUCCUGAUUAACAGGAGGUGAACUGACUCCACGAGAAACCUGCUCGAUGUCUGGGAUUUUGUGCAUAAAGAGACAUUUUUGUUGCUGUUCAGUGGACAUUAUGUUCAAGAUCCUCCGUUUACUGUGAUUUGUUCAUUUGGAGUAUGACUUGAAGGCUUGACCGCUAGAGGGAGCAAGAAGCAGUCUUUUUUUAUAUUUAAAGAUGCACUGCUGGCAAACGCCAGCUCUGUCAGGUUAAAAUUGUGCUGUAUUUACAGUAUGUUGGGUUACAGGUUCUAGUAUUUCACAUGGAUUUUGUAAAUUGUAGACUUACCGCUGAUGUUUUCAUUAAAAUGGUUUAUUGCA